CCUUGUGUGUGCAAAUGAUACAAGUUUUACUGUGUGGGGUCAGCUGGACCCCAUUUCUAAACACAAGGACUAAGAAAACCUGCCACAAUAAAAGUCUGAGAUCAGUUCCUUCACAAUAAAUGCCUGCCACAUGUUAGAAGUUCUAAAGCAGUAUGUGGGUGGUUCUGUUUGACCUCUACCCGAGAAGAACCUUGGUUCUGGUUUUGGCUCAUCUCAGAGAAACGUCUUUUUAUUGGAUCAUAGUUUCUCUGCAGCUCCAGAUCUGCACUCUGAUUGGCCAGUUUGGUUUCAAUAGAUGAGCCGGUUCACCACCAGCCAGAACCGGGUCUUUCUGGGUUCUGUGGAGGAUCGUUGUGUCUCAGUGAGAGCUACUUCCUGUUCCUGUCCAGAACCGCAGAACGUUUCACAAUGAGCCAGGGAGGAGGCUUUUAUUGUGAAACACAAAGAGGAAGCUAUGACAAGAAGUGGCCCCUUUCCCUCCAGUGACGGUUUGUUUCCAUCUGCAGCAGUUUGACCUGCUGACCUCUGAGCCCCAGAACCACCUGACCCGAUAAGAACCAAUCAGGUGAAAGCUCUGCUUCACCUGCAGACCCAGGACCAGGUCCACACCCCCAGCUGAGUCAACAUUCGACCUCAGUCCACCUGAUCUGGCUGCAGAACCUCACCAGACCCAAUCUCAGUGGCACAGAACCAGAACCAACCAGGACUGCAGCAGAAUGUUCUGACCCGGAUCCGGUUGAGCUGCAGCAGAAACCAGAACCUUCGGACCAGAACAUGUGCUGGUUCUGUCUGGUCAUUGUUCUUGAUGUUCUGGACCGGACAUUCUGGGUCUGGAAUCCAACCAGAACCAGAACAUCUGAACAGGAAGUUUCCGGACCCAGCUGGAGAACGGAACCGGUGCCAGCAGGCUUUAGGACCCUGCAGCUCCUCCUGCAGCACCCCACCUCACCUGUCUGCACCGACCAGGGCGGCUGAGGAAACCCCACAGCCCGGCAGCAUCCAGGACAUGGAGCUGAGGGAGGAGUGGCUGGACGACGGCUUCCCCAGGCCGCUCCCAGAGGAUACUGAGGGUCAAGCAGGAGGCUCUGCAGACUCAGCCACGCCCAUCAGCCUGGCCCCGUCGGGCGGGGGAGGGGCCAGGAAGCGGCUGACGGCGCCGGCCCUCAGCGACCCGAACAGCGACAGCUUUUCGGCAGCGGCGCUUUCCGGGACGCCGGACGACUCGCCGUCGCUGGACAUCAACCUGGAGGCGCUGGAGACGCCGUCCGGCAGCGAGUCGGGGACGCUGCCGGACGGCGUGCACGACCUGGAGUGGGAAGACGACCUGCCUGAGAUGGGGCGGGGGCGGUCCGUGGGCGUGGCGGAGCCCAGCGAGGGUCUGAUGGAGCUGGACCAGGUGGACCAACAUGGCCGCCGGUGGAGGCGGUUCUCCAUAUCUGGACAGGAGUACCAGGUCAACAUGAGCGUCCUGGAGCCAUACCUGCAGGUCCUGUCACAUGGAGGUUACUAUGGAGACGGGAUGAACGCCAUAAUUCUGUUCACUUCCUGUUACCUGCCGGAAAACACAGUGGAGGACUAUGAGUAUGUCAUGGAGAACCUGUUCAGGUACAUCGUGGGAACGCUGGACCUGAUGGUUUCAGAGAACUACCUGCUGGUCUACCUGUGCGCCAUGGCUCCCAGGAACAAGCUGCCAGCCAUCAAGUGGCUCCACCAGUGCUACACCUCCAUCGACAGGAGGUUGAAGAAGGACCUGAAGGGCCUGCUGGUGGUGCAUCCGGCCUGGUACAUCAAGGCUCUGAUCACACUGGUCAAACCCUUCAUCAGUGACAAAUUUAGCAGGAAGAUUCGCUUCGUUCAGAACCUGGAGCAGCUGUCGCAGUUCGUCCCCACAGACAGGCUGCAGAUCCCAGAGGCAAUCCGACAGUAAGGGCUGAAACAUUCCUGUGCUAACGCUGAACUGUCGCUGAGCUAACGCUGAGCUAACGCUGAACUGUCGCUGAGCUAACGCUGAGCUGUCGCUGAGCUGUCGCUGAGCUAACGCUGAACUGUCGCUGAGCUAACGCUGAGCUGUCGCUGAGCU